GGAAGGACGAGGCAGGAGAAGGGGGAGGAGGAGCCCCUGCCCCGAUCCGAUCUGCGCCCCCAGCCCCUCCAGGUGGAGGACUGCGACGGCGACGAGGACCCGGGCACGACAGGGCGGCGGUCGCUGCUGGAGGCGUCGGCGUCGUCCGCCGACGCGCAGCGGGCCAAGAGGAGCGCAGCGGUGCAGGGCCGCUGCUGGGGCUCGCCGGACCUGGAGGGCGGGAGGCACUACGCGGCCGCCAGCCACGACAGGUUUCCGCUGAUGAACUCCCCGGUGUGCAAGACGACGCUGGUAGUGGUGGUCUUCUUGACAGCCGUCCUCCUCUGGCUGUACGCAGGGGACGGCGAGGACGCGCAGCCGGAGGAGGCGGGCCUGGCCCCCGAGCGGAGCGUCCUGACGGUGGGGCAGCACGCGGUCUCGACGACCGGCGGGGCCGGCAGCGCCUUCGCCCCGCCCUCCGCGUUCAGCGCCAGCACGCCUUCGGAGAGCAUAUUCCACCAGGCAGCUGCAACGCUUGUGCGCGAUGUUCCAGACCAAUUUCCGCUACAGCAGCGUCUUGAAGACUCGCGGCUCCAGGCCCUGGGCUUCCCGCCCGGCGACGCCACGGCGACCAGGACCACCACCGCGUUCCGGCCACCGCCCAGCACGACGUCGACGAAGUCGACGACGUUCGCGACGGUCACGCGGUCGACGACGGCCACGACCUCCACGCGGACCACCUCGACAGUGAGUGCGCCGGUGGCCACCGAGCCGGCGGCGCCCACCUGCACGGUGGUGAAGGAGGGGGAUCUGUGUUACGGCGAGGUCAUCAAGGCCAUGUACGACGUACGGGAGCCCAGGGGCAAGAGGCAGAGGCAGCCCGGCCAGGGGGCCGCCUGCGUGCCCAGCGGCGGCGGUCCGCCGCGGGCCAUGAGCGGGCCGAGGAUCUACGGCGAGGGCGCCCGCGACCAGGAGCCCAAGUCCGUCGAGGACCUCGUGCCGAACCCGAGGCCCGUCGAGCCGACGAGGCCCGAGGGGCCCAAGUCCAUCGAGGACCUCGUGCCCAACCCGAGGCCCGUCGUGCCCAAGGCUGUCGAGUCCGUGACGCACCCGGGUCGCGGCGCCUCUCUCGGCCAGAUUGCGCGCAGGAGCGACCCCUUCGCUGGAGUGACCUCUGGUGCGGGCCCACAAGGCCUGCCACCGAGCCGCUGGCCUGCGCGCCUCGAUCUGGCCACCCCGCGGCCACCUGCCGCCGCGCACCGCGUGCCACUCUUGCCAGGGGCCGCCCUUGGCGAGGUGUCGACUCGGCUCUCUCGCGCCGCCUCCUCGCGACCGC